AUGAAAAUUUCGACCGUUAUUUUUCUAUAUUUAUUUGUAACGCCACUAAGUGGGUCGGGAAGAGAAAGAAAAGGAAGUUCGUCAAAAAGAGGCAAAUUUAAUCCCAAGCAAUACCGAGAGGUAGAAUCAAGUGGGACCGAAACAGAACCAAUAUACAUCGGUGGAACUGGCUCAAGUGGCCCUAAUGUUCAAGAAGGAGCAGAGCCGUUAGCUUCAGAAAACGUUCAUUUUCACGAAAUGGAAAAUAUUUAUUCUAAAAAUCCCUUUUUUUACAAUAUUCAUCAGCAUAUGCUAUCACAUAACAGCAAAGUGCAUAUGAAAAUAAUUCCUAAUGAAGGUCCAAAAGAUUUCAAUAUAUCAAAAGCCUGUAAGUUAUUAAAAAUAUGUUUUCAAAAUAUUCUCUCGAUAUUCCUCUAG